AGUGCGGUGGAAAGUAAAAGGUUCAUGAGGGAGACUCGGCAGAUUAGGGGCCCAUGGUCUCCGCUUUGGACAGACGCACCGAAAGAAGUAGUGCUGGGCGACUCAGCAUCCAUCCCCUCUGCUUUCUCUGCGCCCGCUCUGCUCCCAAGAAAGGAUGGGACUUCUGUGGUUUGUAAUGAGUCUCUGCAUCUUUGGGGUCCUGCAAAGUGAAGCCUCGGAACGCUGCGAUGACUGGGGACUAGAUACCAUGAGGCAAAUCCAAGUGUUUGAAAAUGAGCCAGCUCGCAUCAAGUGCCCACUCUUUGAGCACUUUUUGAAAUUUAACUACAGCACAGCCCAUUCAGCUGGCCUUACUCUGAUCUGGUAUUGGACUGGGCAGGAUCGAGACCUUGAGGAACCAAUAAACUUCCGCCUCCCUGAGAACCGCACUCGUAAGGAGAAAGAUGUGCUCUGGUUCCGGCCCAUCCUCCUCAACGACACAGGCAACUAUACCUGCAUGUUAAGGAAUGCCACAUAUUGCAGCAAAGUUGCAUUUCCCCUGGAAGUUGUUCAAAAAGACAAAUGCUUCAAUUCUCCCAUGAAACACCCAGUGAAUAGACUGUAUUUGGAAUAUAAUGUUCAGAAGAUCACUUGUCCAAAUGUAGAUGGAUUUUUUCCUUCCAGUGUCAAACCAACCGUCACCUGGUAUAAGGGCUGUGACAAAGUACAGGGCUUUAGUAAUGUAGUACCUGAAGGCAUGAAGUUGAGUUUUCUCACUGCCUUGUUUUCAAAUAAUGGAAAUUUCACAUGUGUUGUUACAUAUCCAGAAAAUGGGCGUAUCUUCCAUCUCACCAGGACUUUGACUGUAAGGGUGGUAGGCUCACCAAAAAAUGCAUUGCCCCCUCAGAUCCAUUCACCCAAUGAUUUUGUGGUCUAUGAGAAAGAACCAGGAGAGGAGCUAAUCAUCCCUUGUAGAGUCUAUUUUACUUUCUUGAAGGACUCUCGCAAUGAGAUUUGGUGGACCAUUGAUGGAAAAAAGCCUGAAGACACUGCUGCUGACAUAACCAUUAAUGAAAGUAUCAGUUAUUCUGUUACGGAAGAUGAAACCAGAAUUCAAAUUUUGAGCAUCAAGAAAGUUACCCCCGAGGAUCUCAAACGCAGCUAUGUCUGUCAUGCUAGAAAUGCCAAAGGGGAGGUUGACAAGGAAGCCACCGUGAAGCAGAAAGUGAUAACUCCAAAAUACACAGUGGAACUGGCCUGUGGUUUUGGCGUCACAGUCUUUCUGGUAGUGAUUCUCAUUGUUGUUUACCAUGUUUACUGGCUGGAGAUGGUCCUGUUUUACCGGGCUCAUUUUGGAACAGAUGAAACCAUUUUAGAUGGCAAGGAGUAUGAUAUUUAUGUAUCCUAUGCAAGGAAUGCAGAAGAAGAAGAAUUUGUAUUACUGACACUCCGUGGAGUUUUGGAGAAUGAAUUUGGAUACAAGCUGUGCAUCUUUGACCGAGACAGUCUACCUGGGGGAAUUGUCACAGAUGAGACCUUGAGCUUCAUUCAGAAAAGCAGACGCCUCCUGGUUGUCCUAAGCCCCAACUACGUGCUCCAGGGAACCCAAGCCCUCCUGGAGCUCAAGGCUGGCCUAGAAAACAUGGCCUCUCGGGGCAACAUCAACGUCAUUUUAGUACAGUACAAAGCUGUGAAGGAGACGAAGGUGAAAGAGCUGAAGAGGGCUAAGACGGUGCUCACGGUCAUUAAAUGGAAAGGGGAGAAAUCCAAAUACCCACAGGGCAGGUUCUGGAAGCAGCUGCAGGUGGCCAUGCCAGUGAAGAAAAGUCCUAGGUGGUCUAGCAGUAAUGCGCAAGGCCUCUCCUAUUCAUCUUUAAAAAACGUGUGAAAGGGGAAUGAAAGGGAAUAAAAGUACCAAGACUACUCCAGGAAGGAAGACUUCCCUUUCCCUUAUUUCAGUUUUAUUGUUUCAUCAGUAGGAAAAAAAAGUUCUGUCAGAGCUUCCCUGUAGGGGUACAUUCAGGGUGACUGUAUGACUGGCCGUUCUGCUUCCUCAGGCAAUGCUAAGGUUUAGAAUGAUAUUGUCACCAGUCUGUCACCAGUCACUGAUGUCUGUGUUAUUUGCUGGCAAGGACUUGGUGGAUGGGAAUUUCCCCUUCUGCAUCCUCCAUCCCUUUCUUAUAUACCUCUAUUUCUUUUAUUUUAUCUUAACAUUAUGGGGUGGCCUUUUCCCAUGGAUUUAAUGACCCCCUUAAAAAUAAGUCAUCUAUUAAUCAGGAUGAUCAUGAAUUUCUGAGUACAGUUUGUUUGUUUUUAUUUUUACUAAUCCAUUUAAGAUAAUUAGGGCCUGGAUUUAUUUUUGUUCAAGCUAAUGAGCUCUUUGUCUCAUUCUGCUGCAUGACAUUACGUACCACCUCAGCAAGACUGACACUCACAUAGGACGAUACAAAGCAGUCUAGCUGAAAAUGUUGUGUAUAAUUGACUUUAAAGGGCGUGCCUACAUUUUGUCCUACUUUACCACCCUUGAUCUCCAACUCAGGUAAUUGAUGUCAUAUUUGUAAACUUGAAAAAUAUAUCAGAAUUUCUGUUUUUAUUACAGUAAACUCCUGAUUAUCUGUGGAUUGACCCAUAUUUAUCACUCCAUCUCCCUGUCUACUGUACCUUGUAGCCAUUGUUCAGCAUCUGAAGGUGGCUCCAUACUUGGUUCUGUCUAAAAGGAAAUUUCUCCUAAUGGUGCUAUUAUAUAGAGAGUAGUGACAGAAAAAAUGCUUUUAGGGCAUUUUCUGACCUGUGGGAAAAGCAUAGAAUGGGUGUUUGGCAAUUUGUCUUUUAAUCCCAGCCUUGCCAAAGUGGAAUACUGGGAAAGUUAUUUCUCCUCACUUCUUUCUGUCUCCCCAUUGUGUGGAGGGUAAACUCAGUGACCUUAAAAAUUGCUUUUAGCAUUAAUAUUCUAAGAGAAUUAACUGAACCCCCAGUAUUUUCUGUAUUAUAAUCACUGGGGACAGUUAGUUUACUUACUUGCAAACAAGUCAUUCUGAAAAGCCACUGCAAAUGAAACUUGCUUUUGUUUAAGUAAAAUUUUGCUGUUCAAAAGACUAGGAAAAGUGAAAACAAAGUCCAGAGUUUACAGUAUUGAAUAUCUGUGUUAUAUAUGUACAUAAUACCUAUGUAUCCACACACAUGAAUUAUGUAUAUGUGUGUGUUUGUACAUAUACAUAUAUAUGAAUACGACUUUAAAUAGCUACUGUCAUAAUAUUAAAAACCACUGGAAGCCUUAUCCAGUUUUUAAAUUAUGUUUUUGUCACAAAGCACUUAUGUCAGUAUUUUACAUAUAUUAAUAUUAUUUGUGAAUUCACAGCUCACAGAGUGGUAGUUAUCAUUAGUUCUUGCCUUCCCUAAGUUAAUGUAAAAUAACACUUCUCUAAGUUAAUAUAAAUAAAUACAUUUGAACUGAGUGCAUUUGAACCUAUUGCAUAUAGAGUUAAGUAGUAGACAACCAUAUGGCAUUAAUUGAUCAUCUGCUAAGUUCCUAGAACUACAUUUAGAAAGUAAACCAUGUUAAUCUCAAUGCUCGACUGCUGGGGAGAUAAAUCUCUAUUUGACCUGGUGAGUAAUAAAGGAAAGGAAAAUAAAAUAUCUAUUAAUGAGCCCUGGUAUCAUAUAAAGCACCACAAUUCAUUAUUUUAAAAAACCCUUAUCUCAGUAGCCCAUGAAUGUUAAGUAAUUCUGAAACUAUUUCCUACAUUUAAGUGUCCUUCAGCCAUAGUAAAGUUCACAAUAAAUCAUUUCUCUAUAUAGAAAUUAUUGAUUAUUUUAAAUUGAAGAAAGCUUCACCUCUGAAUUCUUGACAAGAAAACUAUUGUAUGGAGUCACUCUUGGGAUCUAACUUAUUAAUGCUUUUCUUUGUUACGUACCGCAAUUACUCUCCCUGUUAACAUUUCACUCACAAGACCAGCUGAGAGCUGACUCCAGAUAAGCUUUGAAUACUAAUUCCUGCGUGAGGGAUGCUCUCAGCACCAAGGGUCCUUUCUCUUGCCAAUGCUGCAUCCUUUUUGCCCUUUUGGGUUCCCUAUUUAUCUCAAUCCUUAUUGGACAUUCCUAGAAACUCCUUGAUAUAUAUUUUUUUCGUAUUUAUAUUCCUGUCUUUGGUACUGAACUUUUCCAAAUGCUAAAGUCUAAAACAUUUCAACUCGAAGUGAUAUGUCUCAUCCUAAGAAAACUUUGUUAAAGAUUUAUUGUUUGUUUCUUUGAUGUCCCAGAAGAGGCCUCAUACAAACAUUUGUGGUAAAUGAGCAAUCAAAUUUUAACCUAGAGAGAAAAAUUAUGUCUCUAAUGUUAUAAAAAUAAUAAUGGUUGUAAAUAUAAGGAACUUCUACAUUCAGGUUCACAAAGAAUCAUGAUAUAUAGAGUGUGUAAUUACACAUUUAUAUAAAAUUUAUUUAAAUCUCUUCUUUAUUGUAACUCAGAUGAUUUCCUAGGAUUCUAAUUUUAAAAAGCACUCCAUUGUAUUGGGAAACAAAAGCACCACUCUACUUGUCAAUGAUCAUUUUCUUUCUAUAGGUUUUAAUAUUUUACAGUUACCUUUUUUAUUUUAUUCAUGUACUUUUAUAUUUUCCAUUUUUCAUUUGAUUUGUAAAUUUGCUUAUUUUUUAAA